CUUUAUUAAAUAUAAUGGCAGAUCCCCGUUUCUCUAAUAUUAUUAAAGAUCCUAAAUUUAGGAGGAUUCCAAAAGGGCAGAAUAAAAUGAAAAUAGACCAACGAUUCAAAUCUAUGUUUACAGAUAAGAACUUCCACUCAACGUAUUCAACAGACAAACGAGGUAGACCUAUAAAAAAACACUCCAAAGAGGAUCUGGAAAAAUACUACAAUCUUAGUUCUGAAGACUCAGAAAAUGAUCAGGAAGAUAUUGGAAAGUAUCCUUUAACGUUGGAUCAAUCAGAUUCAGAAAAUGAUAAAGGAGAGCUGAAUAUUAAUCAUAAAAGUGACAAAGAUUUAUCAGGCUACGUAAAAUCUAAAUUGAGAGAUCUCUCAGUUGAUUAUGCCAGAGGUGAAGGAAAGCUGUGUUCAGAUAGUUCUUCUGAUGAUGAAGAAUCGGAUGAGGAUAUAGAAAACAUUCAAUUUGAUCAUAAAUGGGGUGAAUUAGAUGGUGAAGCAGAUACAACUGAAGAAGCCACAUCUAGAUUAGCUGCUUGUAAUUUGGACUGGGACCGCAUUAGCGCAGUUGAUCUUAUGGUGCUUUUUAACUCAUUUUUACCCAGUGGUGGUGUUAUACAUUCGGUAGCAAUUUAUCCUUCAGAGUUUGGAAAGAAGCGUAUGAUAGAUGAAGAGGUUAAAGGCCCGAUAGAAUUAGUAGAAACCAAAAAUGAUGGAGUAGAUGAAUCAGAAGGUUCUCAUUAUCAUAUGGAAAAAUUACGGCAAUAUCAAUUGAAUCGUCUGAAAUAUUACUAUGCAAUCAUUACUUUCGACAGUCCAAGUUCAGCUAAUAAAAUUUACACCGAGUGUGACAGAAUGGAGUAUGAAUCGAGCUCAACAAAAAUUGACUUGCGAUUUGUUCCAGAAGAUAUGUGCUUUGAUGAUAAGGCAAAAGAUAUUUGCUAUACUCUACCAGAGAAAUACCAGCCUAAAUUCUUUACAACAACAGCUCUGCAGCAGGCUAAAGUUGAUUUGACUUGGGAUGAAACCAAUCCUGAGCGAUUAGAAUUUACGGAAAAACUGAAUAGUGGAAAAAUACAUGCGUUUAAUGAAAAUGAUUUUUGUAAUUAUUUAGCAGGAAGUAGUGAUGAAGAAGAAGCAGAUGAAAUAAGUAAUGAAGUACAAGAAGUAACAGAUAUAAAGACUGAUACCAAAUCUAUAAUAGAUAAGUAUAAAUCACUACUGCAAGGUAUCAGUGAAAAUGAACUAGAGAAGAAACGAGAUUUUGAAUUUGAAAUGACUUGGGAUAUUGGUCUUAAAGAAAAGACAGAUCAGUUGACCCAAAGCAGAAUUGAUAAUAAGCAAGAGGGGACACCAUUUGAAAAGUAUCUUGAAAAACGCAAAAACAAAAUCAAAGAUAAACGGCGGCAGAAGAAAAAUCAAGAUAAUGAUGAAGAUAAUUUUGAUAUUCCUUCAGAUGUGGAUUUAAAUGAUCCAUAUUUUGUGGAAGAAUUUAAAAAGUCUAAAAUAUCUAAGAAAAAAAGUGGAAAAAAGAGUGCAGUAAAAGAAGAUUCUAAUGAUGAAGAAGAUAACAAGCAGCUACAAUUGUUAGUUGCCAAUGAAGAAGAGGAGGAUCAUAAGCACUUCAAUUUUAAAGACAUACAAGAAAAUAAUUCUAGCAGUAAAAAGGAAAAAAAGAAAAAACAUAAGGACAAGCAACUUGAAGAUAACUUUAAUAUCAACAUUGAUGACAAAAGAUUCUCAGCGUUAUUUACCAGUCAUCAUUACAAUAUUGAUCCAUCAGAUUCUCAUUUUAGAAAAACUAAGGGAAUGGAAACGUUAAUAAAAGAAAAAUUAAAAAGGAAAUAUAACACUGAAUAUGGAAAGUCAAACACAAAAAAAUCAAAACAAUAAAAUUGUUAUCGGUUUAAUCCUUUUUAUACACCAGCAAGCGAAAUUAAUUCUAAAAAAAUUACUGAAAGCCCUGAACUAUUGUAACUUGUAUCAUUUUACCAAGUGAGAGUCCAAUAAAAAUGGUUUGUUUCCUAAUAUUUAUUUUUUAUUGAGCAAAAAGCGAAACUAAUAAUCCCGUCCAAAAUUAGUUUCAAAACUCCCUACCUUAAAUAGUUACAUUUUUAAAAUAUUCCAAUGUUUCGUCCAAACUAUUAUAUUAGCCAAAAAUCGAUACAAAAAGAUGUCAAUUAAAGUAUUUUCAUCUAU